GUUAGGUGCCGACGAUGUUGUUCUGGUAGCUGAGCAAGAUCAAGCAUUACUAGAAGGAGGGAUCCACACGUGGCGUUGAUCUACUAAGUUUGUAACAAGCAAAAACAGACAAAUAUGGUAAAAUCGGGAAAGCUACGUUCGGGGACGGCUCAGAAGCUGAGACGCUGGAAGAAAGGUCACAGCAGCGAUUCCAAUCCUGAAUCCCGACGCCACAGAGAGGCGGCCAAAAGUCGAUUCUUCAGUCCUGCAGUGAAAAGUGGGUUAACAGUCGAUGCCCUCAAAUUGCAUAAUGAACUACAAUCCGAUCAGUUGGCACACACAGAAAAUAAGGAUGGAGAAGCUUCUCCGAUGGAUGAAACUGGGCAGACAGAACGCACAACUGGUACCUUCUUGAGUGGACUGUCAGAUUGUUCUAAUAUAACAUUUCAGAAAGUGCAGCGAUUCUGGGAGUCCAAUUCUGCAUCUCACAAAGAGAUAUGUGCAGUACUGGCAGCUGUCACUGAUGUUAUACGUUCCCAAGGAGGAAAGGAAACAGAAACUGAAUACUUCGCAGCCCUGAUGACCACACUAGAAGUUGUGGAUUCUGGUGAGAGUAUGGCUGCUGUUGCUUUCCUCUUAAACCUAGUGCUUAAGCGUGUUCCAAGCUCGGUCCUUAUCAAAAAGUUUUCUGAUACGUCAAAAGUCUUCAUGAACAUAAUGUCUUCUAAUGCAAGUUUGGAAUCCCCAUUAGGUCUUAGAUUGAUCUUAUCCUGCCUCAGUACAUUACUAAAGAAGCAGAAUGCUUCUGUUUGGAGUUAUGCUUCAACACUGCAGGUCUAUCAUGGAUUGCUGAGCUUUACUGUUCACUCCAAGCCCAAGGUGCGUAAAAUGGCACAGCAGGGUGUUUGCUCAGUCCUUAAAGGUGGUGACUUAAUGUUUGGAGAUUCUCCUCCGUCGCAUCAUCCGGCAGCUCAAUCAACUGCUAAAUUCUGUAUAAAAGAAAUGGAACGAGCUGGAAAAAGUCAAGAAAACACCACAACUCUGCACAUUAUGGAGCUCUUGAAAGAGUUGUUACCUUGUUUCCCUGUUAGCUCUGUAAAGUCUUGUUGUGAGAUGUUGCUGCGAGUUAUGACUUUAAACAACGUGCUUGUGACUGCUGGAGCCAUGCAGACCUUUCACAGGCUUUUUUCUGCUAAACCAAAACCAUCAACACUUUCAUCUGAACUCAAUGCACAGAUAAUUACAGCUUUGUAUGAUUACCUUCCCAGUGAAAAUGACCUUCAGCCAAUGUUAGCCUGGCUGACAGUUAUGGAAAAAGCUCACAUUCAUCUUUCCAGCAUCCAGAAUAAUCUGUGUUUGGGGCAUUUACCACGUCUGUUCUCUACUGCAAUGAACUGCUUUUUAUCUCCACAUACAGACGUAGUUUCAACAGCAGCCCAGAUAUUAAAGACAUUACUGAAGGAAUGUGUUUCAAGCUACAUGGAAGAGACUGAUACUAUAACCCCUUCCUCAGCCUCGGGUUCAAGCGCCUACAUUUAUAAAAUGUUUCGACAAGUUGAAGAGGGCCUAACGUAUCGAUUCCAUUCUUCCUGGUGCUAUGUUCUGCACGUUCUCAGUGUUUUUUAUCAAGUAGCAGGAAAAAAAGCUAAUGCAAUUAUGUUGAAAAGCUUACAGUCAUUAUGUGACCUGCGGGCCACUCCUCGGUUUCCCUUUUCUGGUGAGCUGGAUCAAGCUGUUGGCUCUGCAGUAGAGAGUAUGGGCCCAGAAAUUGUUCUGAAAGCCAUUCCAUUGCAAAUUACAGACACAGAAGAUCUUGAAUUCCCGCGGAGCUGGUUAAUUCCUGUAAUCCGAGAUCAUGUUAAAAAUACAGAGCUUGGAUUUUUCACCAGAUACUUUUUGCCUCUUACAACUACACUCAAAAGCAAAGCGGAUGAGUUUAGUGCAGCUGGACAAAUGUUGCAGUCAAAAGUUUACAACACUUUACAGAUGCAGAUUUGGACUCUGUUACCUGGAUUUUGUCUGUACCCAACUGAUUUGACCACUUCCUUUAAGGGAAUUGCCCGUGUAUUAGGUAUGGCUCUCAAUGAAAGGCCCGAUCUGCGGCCUAUUGUCUGUCAAGCUAUUCGAACACUGAUCAAAAAGAGCUGUGAUAAAGAGGAAAGCCAAGCAGAAGUAGGGCGUUUUGCCAAGAAUUUCCUGCCCAUAUUGUUUAAUGUUUAUACAAAAAAUCCAGAAGAUGGAGAUUGCCCUACAAUGAGGAUGUGUGUACUGGACACAAUUAAAGUGUACCUUGCAGUUACAGAACAGCAGAUGAUUUGUUCCUUCCUACAAAAAGCAUCUGAAAAACUAAGCGAGGCUGAAAACACAGAGUUUCAACGGUUAGCUGUAAUGGAUCUUAUAGCAGCCAUGGCUCCAUUUGUUGAUGAACCUUCAUUAAGUAACGCAUUCCAUCUUGUUAAGCCCUAUUUGGAGAGUAAGCAGUCUAACUGUCAGAAGAAGGCUUAUCGUGUUCUGGAAGAAAUAUCUGGAGGGGAAACGUUGUCAUGUCAGAGUUUUAUUAAGACAAACUUUGAUGUGCUGAAGCAAACUCUUUUGGAAUCUCUGAAAUCUGCUUCUUCACCUUCAAAAAGACCAAGGUUAAAGUGUCUGGCCCAUAUUGUAAGACACCUGAAUCAGGAACAUUCAGAUUUCAUCAAAGCUCUUCUGCCAGAGGUUAUUGUAUGCACUAAGGAAGUGUCUGUGGGUGCACGUCAAAGUGCAUAUAUGCUACUAGUGGAAAUUGGUAAAGCAUACAUGAGAUUCCACAGCAAUGCAAAAGAUGCUUUGAACAACUAUCUGGAAAUGAUCUACAUAGGACUCACAGGCUCAGUCACAAUGAUCAGCUGUACGAUACUGGCUCUAACACGUCUUGUGUAUGAGUUCAAAGACUUCAUGGAGAUUUCUGUGGUAGAGCAGCUAUUAGAGAAUGUAUGUCUCCUCCUCGCCUCUAAAACGAGAGAAGUGGUUAAAGCAGCACUGUCUUUCAUCAAAGUUAUUUUAUUUGUCUUGGACAUAAAGAUUUUGACCAGUCAUGUGUCCGUAUUGAUGGAGGGUCUUGGAAGCAUCAAAGAUGAUAUCCGGUGGAAUUUAAGAACGAAACUGAAAAAUAUCUUCACUAAAUUAAUCCGUAAGUUUGGGUUUGAUCUAGUAAAAAGUAUGCUUCCAGUACAAUGCCACAAAGUGCUUAUCAAUAUUCGCAAAGCAGAAGCAAGAAACAAGAAACGUAAAAUGUUGAAAAAGAUGGCUGAAUCCGAUUCUGAGGAAGAAACUACAAAAAAUAAGAGCAACAGUAUUGAAGACAUAUUGGCUGAAUCAGAUCCAGAGGAUGAGGAAGAAGGCAAGAAUGCUCGAGCUUCAAAGAAACACAGCCGACAUAAAGGACAAGCAUGGCUGAAGGAGGGAGAAGGAGAUGAACCUCUAAACUUCCUAGAUCCCAAAGUUUCCCAGAGAGUAUUAGCAACAAAUCCUGAUGUGAAAAAAACCCCAAAAGCCAGCCAUGGCUUCAAAGUAGCUUCAGAUGGGCGAUUGAUUAUUAGUAAUGAUGAUGAUGAGGAAAAGAAAUCGGAAGGGAAACAAGAAGGAAUGAAUGAUGUUUUGGAAGAAGUUGGUGUUAAAAGUAAGAAAAAAUUAAAACGUAAAUUUCAAGAAGGCAGCUUUGAUGAUGAUAUGGAAGUUGAGUCACAAAAUAAAUAUAAAGCUGGGGGUUCUGGGAUUCAUAGAAAAGUAUCUAAAGUGGAUGGAUUUGGUGGUGACUACAAGUCAAAGAAAGGUAAAGGUGAUGUAAAGAAAAAAGGAAAACAUGAUCCAUAUGCAUAUGUCCCACUGAAAAAGACACAGCUAAACCGAAGGAAAAGAGCAAAGUUACAAGGGCAGUUCAAAGGAUUGAUUAGAGGAGCACAGAAAGGAGCAAAAACUGGAAAGAAAAUGCAGAAGAAACGGAAAGUUUAAAUUGAAGUUGCAUACACCAGAACUAUUACAUGGAGCUGCUCUUAACUUGUGUGUGAAUGCAUGAUGAACAAGAGUGCCUGUGAGGAGCUGUUGUUUGGCUUCAGUUCAUUUUGUUGUUUUCCUAGGAAACAACGGAUUACAUUUUUGUUCAGUGUGGAAAACAAAUUGCGAAGUUGUGCUGAUAAUUGGCUUUAUUUUAAAGGGCCACUAACUAGAGAACCUCAAUUCAACAUAAUUUUUUUUUCUUUUAAGCAGAAAGCCUAAAACCUGCCUUUUUCUUCCCCCUUUUCACUAUGUUAUUCCGUUUUGUAUUUUUCUGCAGUGUUUAACAAAAAAUGAAAGAAAAAAGUUACCAGAUGAAUGUUGGGAGACUGUAAUAUGCAGCUUAUUCUGAAUGGCUGUAAAAUAAUGCGUUCACAUUUAAACAUCUUUUGUUAAAAAGGGGUCUGAAGUAUGUGUGUUUUAAAUGUUGAUUAUGAUAUAAAGUUUGUAUUUAUUUUCCUGAAAUUAUUAAAAUAUGUCAUGAAAACUA